AUGGAGACUGAAUUUAAAUUUAUGGAAGAAUUUAAAAAAGUGAUUGAAGCAUCCAAGAACAUUCCAAAGGAAGAUUUGCUUUUCACAUACAAUGGAGUGAUAUAUCCAACAUCAAUUUGUGAUGUCGAUACAUUUAAAACUAUGGAAACAUUUGAAGCACGUGAAGAUGAUUUGAUGAUGGUGGCAUAUCCCAAAUGUGGAUCCAAUUGGACUUCUUCACUGUUACACCGCCUUUUACGAGCUGCUUACAACAAAGAAUCAUCGUCCAUUUUUCCACUGCUUGAAUUUAAAGCUCCUAAUAAAUUUGAGAAGCUAAAAGUUGAACCUUCACCCAGAUUCCUGGGGACACACUUGAAGUAUGACAACAUACCUCAAUCAUUUUUUGAUAAGAAAGUAAAGAUGAUGGUGGUGUUUCGGAAUCCCAAAGAUACAGCAGUGUCACUUUUUCACUUCUGCAAUAACAACCCAGUUCUUCCCACUUACAAUAGCUGGGAUGAGUUUUUCCCGGACUUCAUGGCUGGUAAAGUUGUCUUUGGAUCGUAUUUUGACCAUGCAGUUGCCUGGAAUAAACAUCUUGAUGAUGACACAAUUUUGCUGACAAUAUUUGAAGACAUGAAAGAAGAUCUGGAAGGAACCAUUAAGAAGAUAUCUGAAUUCUAUGGAAUUUCAAUUACUGAGGAACAACAGAAGCAAAUUGCUGAACAAGGAACAUUUAAGUCUAUGAAGGAGAAUUCUGGGAAAACUCAUGGGGAUUAUGGAAAGAUUAUUUUUAGAAAAGGGGAAGUUGGGGACUGGAAGAAUUACUUCUCACAAGCUCAGAGCCAAGAAAUGGAUGCAAAGUUUGACGAAUGUUUAGCAGGAACCAAAUUUGGAGAAAAGCUCAAGUAUAAUGUCUACUGUAAAUGGUAA